AUGCCAAAUGAGACCACCAACUACUCUGAACCUAGAGGGAAAUCUAGUCCAAAUGAGACCACCAACUACUCUGAACCUAGAGGGAAAUCUAGUCCAAAUGAGACCACCAACUACUCUGAACCUAGAGGGAAAUCUAUCCCAAAUGAGACCACCAACUACUCUGAACCUAGAGGGAAAUCUAUCCCAAAUGAGACCACCAACUACUCUGAACCUAGAGGGAAAUCUAGUCCAAAUGAGACCACCAACUACUCUGGACCUAGAGGGAAAUCUAUCCCAAAUGAGACCACCAACUACUCUGAACCUAGAGGGAAAUCUAUCCCAAAUGAGACCACCAACUACUCUGAACCUAGAGGGAAAUCUAUCCCAAAUGAGACCACCAACUACUCUGGACCUAGAGGGAAAUCUAUCCCACAUGAGACCACCAACUACUCUGACCCUAGAGGGAAAUCUAGCCCAACAGAGACCACCAACUACUCUGGACCUAGAGGGAAAUCUAGUCCAAAUGAGACCACCAACUACUCUGGACCUAGAGGGAAAUCUAUCCCAAAUGAGACCACCAACUACUCUGAACCUAGAGGGAAAUCUAGUCCAAAUGAGACCACCAACUACUCUGAACCUAGAGGGAAAUCUAUCCCAAAUGAGACCACCAACUACUACUCUGAACCUAGAGGGAAAUCUAGCCCAAAUGAGACCACCAACUACUCUGAACCUAGAGGGAAAUCUAUCCCAAAUGAGACCACCAACUACUCUGAACCUAGAGGGAAAUCUAGUCCAAAUGAGACCACCAACUACUCUGAACCUAGAGGGAAACCUAGUCCAAAUGAGACCACCAACUACUCUGGACCUAGAGGGAAAUCUAUCCCAAAUGAGACCACCAACUACUCUGGACCUAGAGGGAAAUCUAUCCCAAAUGAGACCCCCAACUACUCUGGACCUAGAGGGAAAUCUAUCCCAAAUGAGACCACCAACUACUCUGGACCUAGAGGGAAAUCUAUCCCAAAUGAGACCACCAACUACUCUAAACCUAGAGGGAAAUCUAUCCCAAAUGAGACCACCAACUACUCUGGACCUAGAGGGAAAUCUAGUCCAAAUGAGACCACCAACUACUCUGAACCUAGAGGGAAAUCUAUCCCAAAUGAGACCACCAACUACUCUGGACCUAGAGGGAAAUCUAGUCCAAAUGAGACCACCAACUACUCUGAACCUAGAGGGAAAUCUAUCCCAAAUGAGACCACCAACUACUCUGGACCUAGAGGGAAAUCUAUCCCAAAUGAGACCACCAACUACUCUAAACCUAGAGGGAAAUUUAGUCCAAAUGAGACCACCAACUACUCUGGACCUAGAGGGAAAUCUAUCCCAAAUGAGACCACCAACUACUCUGGACCUAGAGGGAAAUCUAUCCCACAUGAGACCACCAACUACUCUGGACCUAGAGGGAAAUCUAGUCCAAAUGAGACCACCAACUACUCUGGACCUAGAGGGAAAUCUAUCCCAAAUGAGACCACCAACUACUCUGGACCUAGAGGGAAAUCUAUCCCAAAUGAGACCACCAACUACUCUGGACCUAGAGGGAAAUCUAUCCCAAAUGAGACCACCAACUACUCUGGACCUAGAGGGAAAUCUAUCCCAAAUGAGACCACCAACUACUCUGGACCUAGAGGGAAAUCUAUCCCAAAUGAGACCACCAACUACUCUGGACCUAGAGGGAAAUCUAUCCCAAAUGAGACCACCAACUACUCUGGACCUAGAGGGAAAUCUAUCCCACAUGAGACCACCAACUACUCUGGACCUAGAGGGAAAUCUAUCCCAAAUGAGACCACCGACUACUCUAAACGUAGAGGGAAAUCUAUCCCAAAUGAGACCACCAACUACUCUGGACCUAGAGGGAAAUCUAUCCCAAAUGAGACCACCAACUACUCUGGACCUAGAGGGAAACCUAUCCCAAAUGAGACCACCAACUACUCUGGACCUAGAGGGAAAUCUAUCCCAAAUGAGACCACCAACUACUCUAAACGUAGAGGGAAAUCUAUCCCAAAUGAGACCACCAACUACUCUGGACCUAGAGGGAAAUCUAUCCCAAAUGAGACCACCAACUACUCUGGACCUAGAGGGAAAUCUAUCCCAAAUGAGACCACCAACUACUCUGAACCUAGAGGGAAACCUAGAGGGAAAUGCAGCCCAAAUGAGACCACCAACUACUCUGGACCUAGAGGGAAACCUAGAGGGAAAUGCAGCCCAAAUGAGACCACCAACUACUCUGGACCUAGAGGGAAAUCUAGCCGAAAAUCGGAGAGUGUGGAUCCAGAAAUUCAACCUUUAUACCAUCAGCCAGUGGCAUCUCAGAGAAAUCCGACAGAGACGGACAUUUAUGAAGAUGUGGACCUGGACGUGCUCCAGGAGUUCAUCAUAUACAAACAGAUCCAGAAGUCACACCAGCGGUUCGUUCACCCAUGA